AUUAGCAUCACAGCCAAUGGCGGGAAAUCGGAUAAAGAAAAAAAGAUAGCAGUGGGUUUUCUUUUUGGCCUAUGUCCUCAAUAAUUCCUAGUGAUUGUAUUGCACGAAGAUUUUUUUGGCGAAGAUGAAGAAAUACCUGAUUCCCCUUAAACCCUCCCCUGAAUCCCCUAAACCUGUUCUGAGCCAUGGAUGGAAGAGGAGCCUAAUUGAAUUGAAAGGGAGGUUUGAGCCUAAGUACCGCCACCAUCUUGCUGCCUUACUUAUGCAAUCCUACUCCGAGGUUGGGGCAUUUCCACAUUUUUAUCACGUAGACGGAGUUCCUUGUCAAACUCAUAUGCAUUGGAUCGAUAGUGUUGCUAAUGCGGAUUCCCCAGUUCCAAUUACAAGGCAAGGUAUCUCUGCCAUGGAAUUUGACACUAAGAUACAUGUCCAGGGAGUUUACUUAGUGUCUGUGACAAAAUCGGGGUGCUUAACAGUUCAUGACUUUGAAACUCUUUAUAGCCAUACUAAUGGCUCAUUGCCAAUAGGCUCAAAAGAAGAUGAAAGCAAACAUGUAAUGCACCUUUCUUUGCAUCGGCAACUUGAUGUUGUCCGUUGGAAUCUUGCUCACCAAGAUGAGGUUGCCUGCUCAUCUAUGAAAAGAAAUGAAGUACUCAUUUAUGACAUUGGUUAUAUCUCAUCUGAACCAGUUGAAGUUUUAAGAACUAAGUGUACUGUCACGGUUCAUGGGUCUGAAGUUCAUAAAGGUCCAACUGAUAUAGCUUUUACAAUAAUUGACAAAUCAAGGUUAAUUGCUUCUGACACACAUGGUGUAGUUAAUAUAUGGGAUAGAAGAAUGGGUGUUCUUCCAUGUCUUGAGCUUACAACUAAUUCCCGCAGCACGAUCAACAGCAUUCAAAUGAACGCGGAAAAUCAGAUGGUUUUUGGGGCUGGCAGGCAUGGAAUUGUUUAUGCAUGGGAUCUUCGUGGUGGAAGAGCAUCCACUGCCUUCCAAAGUCAUAAAGAGGUGUGCCAUCCACCAGUGACAUGUUGGAAGCUAGCAUCAAUGUUAGAGAAAAUUGCGAUGUUGAAGGCUCAAUCAGCUAUUACCCCCAAGGAAGUGCACUCCAUUGAUUUUGAUCCAUCUUGCCCAUAUCAGUUGGCAUUUCAUCUUGAUGAUGGUUGGUCGGGUGUCUUGGAUAUUUAUAAUUUUAAAGUUACACAUGUUCAUUGCCCUCCUCCAGCUUGGUUGAAUGAUUCCAACAUUUCAGCUGAUCUUUUAUACUUGAGAAAACCAUCAUGGCUGCCAACAUAUUCGGUGUAUGUGGUUGGAUCAUCAUCUGCCAACGGCAUCCAUCUUUUAGAUUUCUAUCCUGACCCUAGUUCUCCCUGCCAUGUAGACAACAGUGAGGAUGUAGAGAAGCAUUCUGGAACAAACAACAAAAAUAAACAAAAUAAGUUUGUUCCAUUAUCUGAAGCUGUUACUGCAUGCGCUGCACAUCCCAUGAAUGGAGCCAUCAUUGCUGGAACUAAGCAUUCGUCUUUACUGGUUGUGUCCCAACAAAAGCAGUCGCUAAGAAGCUAAAUCAGAACGUGAGGAGUCGCACAAAGAUCAAAAUUCAACUGCCGAUCAUUUAUGUUACGCCAUUCUGAUUCUGUCAGACACCGGAUGCAGAAGAAACGCAUAAAAUGCUCAUUAUAAGCUGCAGAGCAGCACACCCUUUAACGCAUGUAUCUUCUCAUUUCAAAGACGCCAUCUCUUGUGCUGUAAUGUUGAAUGAACAGAUGAAUUUUAGUGCCUUGCCAAUUGUAUAUGGUUUUUAGUUUACCUAAAAUAACAUGCUAUUAGCUUUCAA